AUGGCUUUAUUUGAUCAAAAAAAGGCGAACGAAUUAUUUUACAAGAAUUAUCAAGAAACUAAAUGCUUUGCAGAGGCAAUACGCCAUGUGGAUGAGCAAUUUCAUGCGAUCGUGAUUAAUGAGGCCGAACCUAUUGAAUUGUUCCCCCCAAAGGACCUGCACACAGCGGUGGGCGGAAAACUGUGCCGUUGCCGCGGGAUGAUCCAGGACAUCUCUCUCGAGCCGAUACUCUACAAAGGGACGCCCGAACUAUUUUACACCGGUGAGGCGGGCAGUGAAAAGAACUCCACCUUUGUGGACGUUGUCUUCUAUUACGUCAUUCCUGUCCCCUGUAAUGCACACUUUUACCGCACAAGCGAAACGGCAGGCGCGGCGAUACCUGAGGACGGUGCCCCCUGCCCAUCCGAGCGAAGACGUCCCCGCAGCGAUGAGAAGGCGAUUGCCGAAGCGAACCACCCCAACGAGGCUAUUACACAGCGUGCGGCAGGUUUCUGUAGUGAAGCCCAGCGAGCUAUGAAGAAUAAUAUGGUCCACCCCGUCGAUCCAAUGCAAACCCACGAACAGUAUCUCAAUCUUCCCUACCCUGCCACCUCCAAGGCCCUGUGCACGGCGUGCAUUAUUAUGGUGCCAAUACGGCGCGACACGUGCAAAUGUGUGAUUAAUAUUAACGAUGUUGUAGACUUUUACGGGUUUCUGCACCUCCUUGAUGAUCAAACUGACCCAAGUGUGCUUGAAGAAGACGAAUUUGCUCAGUUUUCAUCGUGGCACGCCGCAGAGCUUUCUAAGGGGCUUGUAUCUCGACUGUUCUGUGUUUCCUAUCGCCAUCUUAACGAGACUCCGUCGGUUCAAAGGCGCUUAUCCCAAGGCGGUCUUACCUUUUCGCAACACCGGGAUAUGAGCAAGCGAUACUUGGAGCGGGAAAUUUGUGGUGGAGACAGCUUACUCGCGGAGUACCUUCUUCUUCAUUUGUGCACAAAAGUAAGCGGACACCACGAGAUGACGCCCAUCGGCGAUGUUCCUCUUUUGGUUACCUCUAAAAAUAUUGAACCACACGUGUGGUCUGAGCGUAUUUCUAAAAUUACACCUGUAGCCGAAGUGUUUCUUGAUGAAAAGUUGCUUUGCAGCUCCGUUCACUCAUUGGGGCCUGUUUACGACUAUGUCAAAAACUACAUUAAAACCGGUCUCUUUCAGGUGGCAAAUGGUUCGCAUAUAACGGUGGAUUGCACACACAUUCGCAAUUCUACUUCUAAUGAGGAAAAGCCUAGACCGUGGGACGAUCUACUCUUUGAUCUUGUUCACAAGCAGAGGCUUAGCAUCGAUUACCAGUAUCGCACCGUUCCCAUUUUUGUCAAUCUUGCAUUCCUAGCGCUUUCGGCGUCGGAUACCGACGCCGUGUAUUCAAUUUUUAAUUUUCCUCUCCGGUUCAAAUGGGAACCGCACACGACGUCGAGUUUUACCCUGUCUGAUGCCGCAGCAUCGGACUCUGAAGCAGCAAUCGUACGAGAGUACUUUACUCGAGCCCAUCAGUUGUCCCCUUCCUUUUCAGAUGAUAACAACGUCCAGGAUAAACUGGUAGAGACGAUGAUAAACCUCUCCGUAUCAUUUCCUAAAUGGAAUAAUCACGAUGCACUAGUCCAUAACAACAUCUUUUCUGUUGCUACCGCCUUAUUCCGAGCUCAGGCGCUCAGCAUGGGACGAGAAGCAGUAAAUGAGGAGGAUAUUGAGUUUGUUAACAAUCUAGAAAAAAAACGAAUGGAACGCCAUGUAGAUUGA